AUGGACCCGGCAACAUCGUAUAUACUAGACCUUGAUCGGCAGUCGCUAGCCGUUGAUUUCAUCGAAAAUCGCCUAGCGAAGUACCACCCAGGAUUUGCGACGCCGCCUGCUCGGUACGAUCCGGCCCUCGACAGCUUCAUAAUCUUGACACCGCCAGCAGAUGCAAGAAUGCAGUCACCACAGACUUCCGCUAUGCCGCCACAAGGGGAUGUCCAAAUUUUCCCAAGGCCGCCCGCAAAGCCUGUAGCGGCGCUCAAAUUCUGGGACCUCCUAUUCGCCCGUGCCAUGAGCCAAUUCAAGAUGGCUUCGGAAGAACCAAAGGGCCACGAGGCAGCCAGAUUCAGUAUCCGGGACAAAACCAACUGGACUGCCGUCUGUGGCCAACUGGAAAAAGCCAGAGAUCUCUACUUCGAAGGGAAAGAGCCUACCAGCACCAUGAGGAACGUUUAUCACAAGCUGGCCAAUCGUGCCGCCCCCGUCGCCCUCGAUGUCACCAAGCUGGUUCCAGACAUGAACAGUGUGUUUGUGACACCUGUUGUAGCCUCGAUUCGGAUUAUCCUAGAGGCAUUUCCAGAUAAUGAAAAUAUCGUUCAGGCUUCCGUCGAGUUGAUCAUGGCUACAUUCUCUGCCAUUGAAGCGGUCAUUGGAUUCUUCCUGAAAUCGGCCCGCAAGCUCCAUCUCCUGAAUCGAAUGGGCCGGGCCAUCCUCAGCAGGGAGAAUUACGAGCAACAAAUGCUAGACACGCUUCAGAAGGCCGAGUCUAAGAGCCAACGGCUUCUUCGCGAGGCAAAAAAUUCUGGCCUAUUGUUCAUGAGUGAGGGGAUGCGGCGGAUUCUUGCUCGUCAGGAAAAAUUACACCACGAGAGCAAAGAAAACUUCAAAUUAAUGCUUGACACUCUUUUGAAGGAACCUGCGGCCAACAGAAAAGGUAGACUAAAACUGAACUUUCUUCAUGUCGCUGUCCAAUCUAUCUCGCGCCCAGCAUCACCCAACCCUCCGCCCUAUGAGAGCGCGGCCGAACGCCACAUGGACCCGCAAGACCUUCUUGACUGGAUUAACAUUCCGAAUGUGGCAGAUUAUGACCUCAAGUUCAUUAAUGAGAAGAGACAGAUACGGGUCCCGAUGAACGAGCAGGCACGCGCCGAACAGCUCAUCCAAGCGAGACAACUCAAGGACUGGAUGGUAUGCCCUACAUCAUCGCAGCUUCUGAUCCACGGAGACUACCAAGGCAAACAAGACAUGUCGGGCAUAUCCCUGUUCUGCUCGUCCCCUGCCCAAUCACUUGUCGCCAGAGUUCCACAGUAUAUACCCCUCGUUUUCUGCUGCGGUCUCCGCACUGAUCGGACCGUUGGUGAUUACACUGGAGACCUCGCGAUCAUCCAGAACUUCAUUUGCCAACUUCUAUGCCAGUUCGACUUUGACAAGAAAUUGUUGGCCAACGACGUGGGCGAAGACCGCAUCCGGAAUGGAGAUAUCGGCAAGUUGUGCAGCUUGUUCGAGUUGCGCGUUAAACAACUACCCAGUACAGUCGUGCCGUUUUGUCUAAUAGACGGCAUUGUGUAUUAUGAGAGGAAAGAGUUUGUGAAUGAUCUGAGACUCGUGCUGGUCACACUGCUAAAGAUCUCAGAGCAGAACGACCAGGCAGCGGUAAAAGUCCUUAUCACCAGCCCAACCAUGACAACAUCUGUUAGGAAGCCAUUUCCGGAUGAACUGAUUUUGUCUAUGGCAUCAAUGGCUCACUCGGACAAGGUUGCUAGCAAAUGGAGGCUAGAAAGACAACUGAGAGAAUCUCAGGAACAACCAAUCGAUGACGAAGCUGGGUGA